UAUCUAUCUAAACGUAUGUAUUUCAUGGCAGUGUUAAUGACGUGUCGUGAUUCAUGUUAAGUUCAUAAGGGUUAGAAUUAUGUUUUUUUGAACAUAAUUUUGUUAAAUAUUCAAUAAAAAAUGUUGACGAAAUUUGAAACUAAAUCUGCUCGUGUAAAGGGACUCUCUUUUCACCCCAAACGUCCAUGGGUUCUUGCAAGUUUGCAUAAUGGAGUUAUUCAAUUAUGGGACUAUCGUAUGUGUACUUUAUUAGACAAAUUCGAUGAACAUGAUGGUCCAGUUCGUGGGAUAUGUUUCCAUAAUCAGCAACCAUUGUUUGUUUCUGGUGGUGAUGAUUACAAAAUUAAAGUAUGGAAUUAUAAACAAAGAAGAUGCAUCUUCACUUUGUUAGGUCAUUUAGAUUAUAUUAGAACAACUGUAUUUCAUCAAGAGUACCCAUGGAUUCUAAGUGCAUCAGAUGAUCAAACUAUUCGUAUUUGGAAUUGGCAAAGUCGUACUUGCAUUUGUGUUUUAACUGGACAUAAUCACUAUGUGAUGUGUGCACAAUUUCAUCCUACAGAAGAUAUCAUUGUAUCAGCUUCUUUAGAUCAAACAGUCAGAGUAUGGGACAUUUCUGGAUUAAGAAAAAAAAAUGUAGCUCCUGGUCCAGGAGGCUUGGAAGAUCAUUUAAAAAAUCCUGGAGCCACAGAUUUAUUUGGUCAAGCUGAUGCUGUUGUAAAACAUGUUUUGGAAGGACAUGACAGAGGUGUUAAUUGGGCAUAUUUUCAUCCAACAUUGCCUCUAAUUGUUUCUGGAGCUGAUGACCGUCAGAUUAAAAUGUGGAGAAUGAAUGAUGCCAAAGCUUGGGAGGUUGAUACUUGUCGUGGGCAUUAUAAUAACGUCUCUUGUGUUUUAUUCCAUCCUAGACAAGAUUUAAUUCUUUCAAAUUCUGAGGAUAAAAGUAUUCGGGUUUGGGAUAUGUCUAAACGUACUUGUUUGCACACAUUUAGAAGAGAGCAUGAAAGAUUUUGGGUUCUUGCAGCACAUCCUACAUUGAACCUUUUUGCUGCUGGUCAUGAUUCUGGAAUGAUUAUUUUUAAGUUAGAAAGAGAACGUCCGGCAUAUGCUGUAUAUGGAAAUGUUCUUUAUUAUGUAAAAGAACGUUUCCUUAGAAAAUUGGAUUUCACUACCUCAAAAGACACAUCUGUUAUGCAAAUACGAGGAGGUGGAAAAACACCUCCUUAUAGUAUGUCGUACAAUCAAGCCGAGAACGCUGUUUUGAUAUGCACUAGAUCACCUAAUAAUGUUGAAAAUAGCACUUACGAUCUAUACUUAAUACCGCGUGAAAGUGAUUCGAACACUGAUGCUGAUACGAAACGGGCUUCGGGCGUUACUGCUAUUUGGGUUGCUAGAAAUCGUUUCGCGGUGUUAGAUAGAGCAUAUUCGUUGGUCAUCAAAAAUUUGAAGAAUGAAGUUACGAAGAAAGUGCAGAUUCCAAGCUGUGAUGAAAUAUUUUACGCAGGCACUGGAAUGCUCCUUUUACGCGACGCUGAUCAAGUAACUCUCUUUGAUGUUCAACAGAAACGAACAUUAGCCGAAGUAAAAAUUUCUAAAUGCAGAUAUGUCGUUUGGUCUAGCGAUAUGUCUCAUGUUGCUUUACUUGCGAAACAUACUGUUAACAUUUGUAAUCGACGAUUAGAAUCCUUGUGUUCUGUACAUGAGAACACUAGAGUAAAAUCGGGAGCUUGGGACGAUUCAGGAGUUUUCAUUUAUACGACUAGUAACCACAUUAAAUAUGCGAUCAACAAUGGUGAUCAUGGUAUUAUACGCACAUUAGACCUCCCGAUAUAUGUAACGCGAGUUAAAGGCAAUCAGGUUUACUGCUUAGACAGAGAAUGCAGACCAAGGAUUCUUCGAAUAGAUCCGACUGAAUAUAAAUUUAAAUUAGCUUUGAUUAAUAGGAAAUAUGAGGAAGUUUUGCACAUGGUUCGCAACGCAAAUCUCGUUGGCCAAUCUAUAAUUGCAUAUUUGCAACAAAAAGGAUAUCCUGAAGUUGCUUUGCACUUUGUCAAGGAUGAAAAGACAAGAUUUGGUCUUGCACUCGAAUGCGGAAAUAUCGAAGUCGCUUUAGAAGCCGCGAGAUCACUUGAUGAAAAAUCUUGUUGGGAAAACUUGGCUCAAGCAGCCUUAUUGCAAGGCAAUCAUCAAGUUGUCGAAAUGUGUUAUCAGAGAACUAAGAAUUUUGAGAAGUUGGCAUUCCUUUAUCUCAUAACUGGUAAUUUAGAGAAAUUACGUAAAAUGAUAAAAAUUGCAGAAAUUAGGAAAGAUGUUUCUGGGCAGUAUCAAGGUAGUUUAUUGCUUGGUGACAUUUACGAGCGUGCAAAAAUUUUGCGGAACUCAGGCCAAGCCUCAUUGGCUUAUGUAACUGAAAAAAUUCACGGUAUAUCAUCUCCAGAAGAUGAUAUUCAAUAUAGUUCUAUGAGCGAAGAACUGUCUGCUCUUGAAAUAGGAGCAGAAUAUCUCCGACCUCCCGUACCAAUCCAACAGGCCGAGAACAACUGGCCAUUGUUAACAGUAUCAAAAGGUUUCUUCGAAGGAGCAAUGAUGUCGCGCGGAAAGAGUCAAGUAGCUGCUGCUUUGGCUCCGGAAGAUGAUAGUGCUGUACCUGCUGAAGGAUGGGGCAAUGACGAAGAAUUAGGAAUAGAUGAUGAAGAAGGUGUGGAAAAUGAAAAUAUUCCUGAAGGUGAAGAAAGCGCUGGAUGGGAUGUCGAAGAUGUAGAUUUGCCACCAGAACUCGAAACUCCAGCGACCGUGGUGGAAGAUGGGUAUUAUUCACCGCCAACAAAAGGAGUAUCACCAACUCAACAUUGGGUGAACAAUUCUCAGUUAGUUGUAGAUCAUAUUCUAGGUGGGUCGUUUGAAACGGCAUUUAGAUUGUUAAAUGAUCAAGUUGGUGUAGUUGAAUUUGGAGCUUAUCAAAAUCUUUUCAUGAAUAUUUUCGCACGCGCUAGAACGUCGUUUGCUUCGUUACCGAAUAUACCUUCUUUAUAUGGAUAUCCUCAAAGAAAUUUGAAAGAUACGAGCCCAAAAAGUGGCCUUCCUGCUGUUGGACUACAUCUUAGUGAUCUGGUUCAACGACUUCAAGUAUGCUAUCAUUUGACAACUGGUGGAAAGUUUCCAGAAGCUAUAGAAAAAUUACAAGCAAUCUUACUCAGUGUGCCAUUAUUGGUUGUUGAUACAAGACAAGACAUUAUAGAAGCACAGGAAUUGAUUCAGAUUUGCAGAGAGUAUAUCCUAGGUUUGAAAAUGGAAACUGAAAGGAAAAACUUACCUAAAGCUACUUUAGCCGAACAGAAACGAAUCUGUGAAAUGGCUGCCUACUUUACACACUGCCAUUUGCAACCUAUUCAUCAGAUUCUUACUUUAAGAAUAGCUGUAAAUAUGUUUUUCAAAUUAAAGAAUUACAAAACUGCAGCAUCGUUUGCAAGAAGAUUACUUGAAUUAGGACCUAAGCCUGAAUUAGCACAACAAGUUAGAAAGAUUUUGCAGGCUUGUGAUAAAAAUCCAGUAGAUGAACAUCAGUUGGCAUAUGACGAACAUAAUCCAUUCUCAUUAUGUGCAAGCACAUUUGUUCCAAUUUAUAGAGGAAAACCAGAAGUCAAAUGUCCGUUAUGCGGUGCAAGUUAUUUACCUCAAUUUAAAGAUACAGUAUGCAAAGUUUGUGAAGUAGCGCUAAUUGGAAAACAAUGUAUUGGUUUAAAGAUAAGUCCUGUUCAAUUCCGAUAAUUUUUUUAGUAUUUUUAUUAUUAUUAUUAUAAAUAAUAUAUUAUAUUAUAAUAUAA